CAUGUGUUCGUGAAAUCGAGUUGGGUGAACUAUAUUAUAAUUUAUAUUCAAUUGGAAUUUAAUAUUUACAUUCAUUUUUUUCAUGGUAAAUAUUUUUACUUACAACGAACCAUGAAUUUAUAAGUCUGAUUUUUUUAAAUAAACUAUUGAUUAAAAUAAUAGUUGUUGAAGAUGUCAUCCUCAGAGGGUCAGUUUAGUGAUUACGAAGAAGAAUUAACCACAAAGGUUAAGAGCGUGCGAUUUUCAGAUGCUCCAGCAGUUAUUAAAAUCAUUAGCAGUGAUGAUCUUGAUUCCGACGACUACUUUUAUGAUUCGGAUGAUCAAAACACCAAAAAGAAGGAAAAUGCUAAUCCUCAACGUCCUACAAAUAAAGUAACUUCAUAUCAACCCAGUGAAAAACUCUUCAAAAAGUACCUCAAUCGUAUCAAUGUGGAUAGAUAUGAACCAAUUAUGAGUGAAAAUACUCAAAAGUUUAUCGAGCUUAAUGAUAGAAAAUCGGAUAAUGUCCGUGUUAGGAUAAAAGAUAAACAUGAUCGAGCAACAGCUGAACAGGUCAUGGAUCCCCGUACCAAAAUGAUUAUCUUCAAACUUCUCAAUAGAGGUAUAAUAAAUGAAAUAAAUGGUUGCAUCUCUACCGGUAAAGAAGCAAAUGUUUAUCAUGCCACUUCAAAAGAUGGCAGAGAUUAUGCUGUGAAAAUAUUCAAGACUUCCAUUCUUAUAUUCAAAGACAGAGAUAAAUAUGUAUCGGGUGAAUAUCGUUUUAGAAAUGGCUAUUGCAGAUCAAAUCCAAGGAAAAUGGUUAAAACAUGGGCUGAAAAAGAAAUGAGGAAUCUUGUUAGAUUAUUUAAUGCCCAGCUCAAUGUUCCCGAGCCAAUUAUACUGCGAAGCCAUGUACUGGUUAUGACAUUUAUGGGUGAACAAGGUUGGCCCUCACCAAAACUUAAAGAUGUUGAGAUAUCUCAAACUACUGCCAGAUCUCUGUACCGUGAUUGUAUAACAAUGAUGUGGAAAAUGUUUAAUAUCUGUAAAUUAGUUCAUGCAGAUUUGUCUGAGUAUAACUUACUGUAUCAUAAUGGUACUAUCGUGAUGAUUGAUGUUUCUCAGUCUGUAGAACAUGACCAUCCACACGCUUUUGACUUCCUGAGGAAGGAUUGCACUAAUAUAUCUGAUUUUUUUAGAAAAAAGGGUGUAGCUACUCUAACUGUUAAAGAACUUUUUGACUUUAUUACUGAUUCAACAAUAAAUGAAAAUAACUUAGAGGAAUGUCUGGAAAAGCUCUCAGAGAAAGCAUCUUCUAGAGACUUUAAUGAAAUGACUGCACAGGAACAAAUUGAAGAGGAAGCAUUCAAAAAUAUUUACAUUCCUAAGAGGCUGACGGAGGUUAUAAAUUAUGAAAGAGAUAUCAACAAAGCAAAGAAAGGUGACACUGCAGACUUGACUUAUCAAAAAAUUGCUGGUUUCAAUGAAGACUUCACUGGCACAGCAGAAAAGCCCGAGAUCUUACAAGAAGAUGAUUUGUCAAAAAGUGGUUCUGAUAGUAGUUCUGAUGAAGAUAAUCAGAAUACAAAAUUCAAAAAUAGUGCCCGCCCUAGAGAUGAAUCACCUAACAGCAAGAAAGCGAGAAAAAAAGCUGUCAAAGAAGAUAAAGCAGAAAGAAGGAAGACGAAAACGAAAAAACAUAUAAAAAAGAGAAGGGACAAAGGAUCUACCAAGAAAUAAAUGUAUAUAUGUAUGUGUGUGAAGGUAGACAUGUAAAUCAUUUUGUAUUAUAUGAUUUAUUAAUACACAGUUUGUUUUA